AUGUCCGGCGUACAGGAAAAACAGCUUCAUGAGCUCCUCUCCCGCUCCAUGGUCGACAUCUACGUCGGCCCCGAGAACACGCACUGGAUCCUACACGAGAAACUGCUGUGCUACCACUCGCCCUUCUUCCGCAAGAUCUUCUACUCUAAAGCCAACUCCGCGUCGCGCACGCAAUCCUUCGGGCUCCCGGACGAAGAAGAUGCGCCCUUCAAGACCUUCGUCGGCUGGCUCUACAGCUCCUCCCUGCCCGUCCCUCGCGAAGAAGCCGACCUAGGCGUCUGCUUCGACCUGUACCUGAUGGCCGAGAAGUUCGAGAUACCGGGCCUCGUCGCCGACGUCCUGCAGGUCGUCCGCGAAUGGUACAAGUACAGCGACAGCUACCCCGGUCUGCGUCGCGUGCAGUACAUCUACGCCAACACCGAGGAGGGUAGCCCGAUGCGCCACAUGCUUGUCCACGCUGUCGCGCGCAUGAUGGUUAUCGAGAAGGGUAUCCCUGCGCACUGGGACAAGGCGCUGCGUAAGAACGGACAGCUUGCUGUUGACAUCAUCAAGGCGAUCCAGGACUGGCGUCUUGAAGAGGAGGUUGUGCCUGAUGCGCGCGAGGAGCCGGCUGAAGCUGAGGACCUCGUCGAUGUGGAGCAGGAGACGCAGAAGUUGGAUGAGGAGGCUGAGCAGGAGAUCGAUGAUGAUGUUCGUGCGGAGAGGGCGGAGGAGGCGGAUGACUCCGAGGAUACCGUUGUUGAGAGCCCGACUAAUGAGAGUAAACGCCCGCAGCCUAAGUCGAAGCAGAGUGGCAAGGAUGUUGGACAGGACUUGAAGAGCAAGGAUAAUGGUCUUGUUAAGGACUUUAAGAAGUUCAGCCUCAAGGAGAUGCCGAAUGAGAUGACCGGCGCCGACUAUGGUACUCUUCGCGCGUAG